GCUCACUGAACAAAUCCAGUAUAUGUCCAAGCUCUUCUGAAUUGUUUAUUCCUGGAAUUUGCAAAGAAUCUGUGAGUUCAGCUUUAGAUUUGCUGGAACAGAAUCAUGAAGGAGGAAAGAGCAUAGCAGAUAAUCUUCUAACUAGUUUGUUUACCAUUUUCACGGGAGUAUCUGCCAUUUCAAAAGCCUAUGAACAGCAAGAUGAGGACUGUCAAGAGAACAUUUUCCUUCUUGAUCGUGCUGCUCAGUCCUAUAGCAUCAGAAUUAUCUCUGCUUUUGACCAGCUUGUGGUCCUAACCAAGCUUUGGCUCGACAAUGUCUCAAAGUGCUCCACAUCAAUAAAAACCGAAGAAGAGUUAAAACAGGAAGUAAAGAACUUGGGAGGUUAUUUACAGUUACUAUUGCAGGGAUGUUCUUCAGAUAUAUCCUCCAUGGUAAUGGAAGCAUGGAACAAAGUAGACCACACAAUAAGACAAAUAAUGAAAUAUAUAGGACAGUUGGCAGUACUCAGGAGAACUGAUAUCUUCUCUUCUGAAGAGAACAGCAUUAUGGCAACUUGCCUACAGGAUAUAGAAUUUAAAUACAAAGUGAUUUUAAUGUUGACUUUCAUAUUUACUGUGCUCGAAAGUAUAGCAAGCUCUAUAUAA